CUGGUAUUUGCAUCGGUAGCUUUGGCUCCAUGGAAUAUGGCGUUACAAUCAGACCAGAUGGCCCAACAACCGAUGGCUAAUAAUCUGAUUUCCUCGCUGGAGUAAUUGUUCAUUAUCUUAAUCCAUCUAUCCAGAAAACUAUUAUUGAAAUGUUCAAUAGCCAAAUAGCAUAUUGGAAAUAUAGCGCCAGACAUUCUAUGGGUACCUCUCGAAUAAGCACUGCAUUACUGGACUUGAAAAUCCAUUCUGCUGCUACAUCACUGCGGGUGGACGAACGCGAUGCCAGCUCUAUAGGAACGCUACCAUUCAUUAACUUGCGGAAAUGGACAUCCUCUGAAGGUGGAGACUGUUUAGGGGAAGAAAAAUGCAAUGACAAAUUGCAAAGGGAAUCUAAUAGUCCGCAGCUACGGCAAAGGAACAUUUCUGAGCUUUCUGAUAAUCUGAAGAAGAGUUCUUUAAAGAAAGAAGAUGCUCUCAUCAUUGAUGAUCAGGUACGAAAGGAACAGUCACGAACACUUUCAACGUUUGGAACUCUAGUUUCCCCCAAGCUCCGAUCAGCUCAACUUUCAUUUGAAAAUGCACUUGAAAUUAUAAUGAGAAUUGCAAACAAGCGCACCGCAAUGCUAUCCUCUGAUCAAGUCAAGAUAGGAUUGGAAGAGACAUCUUCCUUCAAGCAAGCCAAGGAAGAACUAAAAGAUACCAAAGCAUGACAAUAACUUGUUUCCCUCCGGGUAAAUUUUUUUUCUAAUUUCCUCAAAGUUCAGUAUGACAGCUGGUGGAAUGUGAUGUCCAUAGUUCAAAUUAAUGGAUUUGUUCGAUUUU